AUGUUUCGAUCAAAUACAGAAGACAUUAAUCAGUCAAAUUUGAAGAAAACUCGAGGAAUCGCAUAUGAUAUGACUUUAAUAAGCGAUUCAGCAAAAGGAACACUGAAGGCUCUUGUGCACUAUGAUGGAGUAUGGGAUGAGCAUUUUAAUUACUCCAACUACAAGAUGAAAGGAAUACUGAUAAGGGAAGACACAGCCUUUGAAGAAAUUAAGGAAUUGAUAGCAGGUAUACUAGAGGUAAACAGUUGGCAAACAAAAAUGGAAAUCAGAUUUCAGUUAGAAAGCAACUACCAAACUUUAGAAAUUGAAGAUAAUGUCAGCCUGCAAUUCUACAUUGAAAUGAAAAAAGAUGAACCGCGAGUAACCAGUUUUCCAUUAUGUGUUACAACAAGAAAAUUUGAAGAUCAGCCACAAAUACAAAAUAUCAACAGUGAAGCUUCUAUUGAAAUUAUUAAAGAACAAUUUGUGGAUACAACAUCUAGUAGUGGCACUGCAAUUGAUAUUAUAAAAUAUGCAGAAAUCUUAUACAACCAGACAAGAAAAGAAGAUGAGGAAGCUGAAAGUAAACCACAAGAAAUCAACAUUGUCACUGAUCCAAAAAUAACAGAAAUCUAUGUUGGACAGAUCUUCAAAGACAAAAAAAUUAUGAAGACAAGUUUCUGUUUCUACACAAUUGCUAAUCAAUUUCAGUAUAAAGUUAGUAAGUCUUGCAAAAGAGAAUAUAUAGUCAAUUGCAUUGAUGAAGAUUGCAGGUGGACAGUGAGAGCUUCGAGAGAUGGAAAGACAAAUAUGUUUGUGAUUAGAAGAAUGAUAAACAUCCACACAUGCCCACCAAAUAUAAGAAUGGAUGACAAAAGGCAAGCAACAACUUCAAUAAUAGGGGAACAUAUAAAAAUGAAGUUCUUGGAUAUAAAAACAAUCUAUACUCCAGCUGAUAUUAUUGCAGAUAUUCAGAGAGAUUUUGGGAUUGUUUUGAGUUACAAUAGGGCAUGGAGGUCAAAAGUAAAGGCACUAAACCAAAUUAGAGGCAGUCCGCGCGACUCGUAUUCAAUUUUGCCUGGAUAUUUGCACAUGCUUCUACAAACUAAUCCAGGGUCAGUUGUGGAUCUUCAUACAACUGAUGAAAACAAAUUUGGAUAUAUGUUUAUGGCUCUAGAUGCUUCUAUUAAAGGUUGGAGAUACUGUAGACCAAUAAUUGUAGUAGAUGGAACAUUUUUGAAGUCAAACUACGGUGGAACAUUAAUAACAGCAAGUACACAAGACAGAAAUGCAUUUGGUGGAAGAAAUGGGCUGUGUAUUGUUUCAGAUAGGCAUUUGAGUAUAUUGAAUGGGGUCAAAAAGGUUUUUCCUGAAGCAAGUCGUGCAAUAUGUAUGUACCAUUUGCUAAGUAACAUCAAAUCAAAGUUCAAACACGAUCCGGAUACAUUGAGAGACUGUUUCUAUGGAGCUGCAAGAUCAUACACAACUAAGGGAUUUGACUACUACAUGAAAGAGCUUGAUGCCAUUAAUGCCGGAAUUCGAAAGUACCUAACAGAUAUUGGGAUCGAGAAGUGGGCAAGAGCACAUUGUAAAGCUAAUAGGUAUGACUAA